CCCCGUAGAGCUCAGUUUGUCUCGACUUCUUCUAAAUUAAACAUCGGCUCCAUGAGCUGAAUGUUUUUCGGUUUAUUAUUUUAGUUAGGAAAUUUCUCAACUAAAUACUUGUUCGGUUUCGGAAUUUUCUUUUUUUUUUUACGGUGUCCUUUUAUAAAUAUAGUGGUUAGAAUCUGAAAAGCACGAAAAUGUCAUUGUUACGCAGUGUGUUAAAGGGGGGAAUAGGGGCCUGCCUUCUACCAAGAGGCGCGACUAAGAUGGUAUCGAUGCGUCGAUAUGGAAAGAAACCAGAUCAUAACCCAUCACCUAAGUGCAGUGACUCCAAGAAAGGUGGGGGCUGCGGCAACUUCAAUGACUGCGGUGAUCCACGCUUCGAGUCAAAGGACCGUAAGGUGGUGGAUAGCGAUCCCUUCCAGUUUCAUCAUCUGGUCGCUAUGCCGGAAGACUGCUGUGAUGACCCCUGCUUCGAUAGAUUCCCUCCUUUUGACGAAUGUUAUUACAAGAUCUCGGACAAGGCUAAGCGUCACUACCAGGUGACCUGGGUGGAGUGUCCGCCCAUCAAGAUCAAGCCAAAGAAGAUAUGCUGCUUCGAGAAGGGCAUCCGUCCGCCGAUCCCGCGUCGCAAGCGCAAGGAGUUCAAGGCGGAAGAGUGUCCUCAGGAGCGUGAGUGUACAUUUGCCGAUGGUCCCUGCCCCAAGAUACGGCUUCCCGGCUGCAAGGCCGUUCGCAAGUCGGUGUUCUGCACCCUCACGCGCAGGAUUACCCCGUGCACGAAGGUAAAGGCCCCAUACCCUUCGUUCUCAGAGUGCGAUCGUCCCAGGAUGCGCCCUCAUCGUCGUAUCGAAUGCAAUUGCUUGACCGUUCCUUCGCAAUGUGAGCUAGUCCGUGAACUCAAGGCUCGUGGAGGUAGUCCUCGGAAGGGCAACUGCGGUGGUAGCAGUCUUUAAACAAAAUUGUCCUUCGCCUAUUGUGGAUGGAGUAUGUACCGAGCGAAUACAACUGAGUUACUCUUCCGAUUCCGGAACUGAUCCAGCAACUGCCAUCUACUCAAAACCACCGAAAAUAUUCCAACUAUAAAUAAACCGAACUUUCGACCCA